GAACCGCAUAACUACGGAACCACCUGAAGAAGAAGGAACGGAAGAGUCAAAGUCGAUUAAUUAUUAUUUUGGAAGAAAACUUCCCAACGGGAAAGGGGAAGAAAGAGCGGUGAAACCACCGCGCUGGCGCUGGUGCUGGUGCUGGUGCGGCGACUAGAAGAGGCGCCGCGAAACGGAAGAUUAGACGAAAACACGAGACAGCCCACUUGAUAACCGCGUGACUGCAGCAAUCAAUUUUACGCGGCCGCGGAUUUCCCCUUUCCUUUCCCCUCUGGAAGCAAAGCAACAAGAUCUACCCCUCUUUCACUUUCUAUUUAAACAAAGGCACGGCCUUGGAGCUCCAAAGUCAAUUUUUCCAGAAAACAAAUCUACCUUUUCAUCGACCUGCGGUUCCUUCUCCAGAAAAUACAUCUUCCUUUCCAUCGACCUGCAGUUCUUUCUCUUCGUCUUCUGAGCAAUUCGAUGUCGUUCGCUUCUGGGAUUCAUGGUCAGCUGCUUGAAGUCACUGUUGUUGGGUGUACGAAACUGAAAGAUACCGAAUGGAUUUCAAGGCAGGAUCCUUACGUUUGUGUUGAGUAUGGUAGCAACAAGUCCCGGACAAGAACUUGCACAGAUGGCGGCAAGAACCCCACGUUUCAAGAGAAGUUUGUGUACACGCUUAUUGAGGGACUGAGGGAAUUGAAUGUCGUAGUUUGGAACAGCAAUACAUUGACGUUUGACGAUUUCAUCGGCAGUGGGAAAAUUCAAUUGCAUAAGGUUCUAUCAGAGGGCUACGAUGACACAACUUGGCCACUUCAAACGAAAACCGGCAGGCAUGCUGGGGAAGUCCGACUCAUAAUGCACUAUGCCAAUGCUAAUAAACCAGCCACAAGUUACGCUCAUUCGGCACCUUCAUACGGAACACAUGGUCCCCACAUCUCAAUGUACUCAGCACCACCACCAUCAGCAUAUGCACCACCUCAAGCACCUGCUACCAUGGCAGGUUAUGGCCCUCCCGCAGCUGCUGCAGGUUAUGGCCGACCUCAACCUGCAACCACGUUAGCAUAUGGAGCAAUGAGUACAGCCUCUCCAUAUGCUAAUGCUCCCCCAACAGCACCCUAUCCAUCACAUCCUUACUCCUCGUAUCAUCAGCCUUCAGCGUAUCCUCCAUCUCCUUACCCUUCUAUGCCAACUUCUUAUCCUCCGCCAUCUUCAGCUUAUCCUCCUCCACCAUCAGCCUAUCCUCCACCUCCACAAGGCUCGCCUUAUCCUCCAGGCCCUCCUGGAUAUUAUCCUCCUCCGCCAUAUUAGGGGUGAAGAAGUUGGGUCUGCCCGGCUGCCCAAAGCGAAAUGUAAAAUCGAACUUGAAUCCUCAGUACAUAGAACUAGGAGCUUUAGCUGUGAGGACUGUUGUCAUGAAUAUUUGUUGGUUGUAUUGUUUUGGUAAAACAAUUGACAUCAAAUUCUGGAGAAGGGCUUUGCAGAUAUUUUCACCCUCUUUUCUUCUCUGAUAUUCAAUGUUGAUGUCAAUCAAAUUCUUUGUUCUGUUG